AUGCGAUUUUUUCUCGCAAUUCUGGCAAUUCUACCAACCCUCAUCAUCAGCUCAGAAUCCAAUGUUCCAAGCGAUUUCCAAAGAAGAUUCCUUGAACUUCUGAGCGAGAAGAACUUCUACAAAUUGUCCAAAUUGAUUUCGAAGGAUUUUGAAUAUUUUAAACAAGGCGAUCGACGUGAUGAUGUGCUUAACAAAAAACAAUAUUUGAAAGAACUUAGCUUAAAUCGAGGAUAUUCUUCACAAAAUCAGUUUUUUUCGAAGGGAAAAGUUUCGGCUCCGAAAUUUUUGGGUUCUCAAAUCAGUUUCGAAAUUUCUGCACCAGGAGCAAUUUCGAGUAGCAGAAGAAAUCAUAAAGUUGUAUUAGAGUGA